AUGCCUACUGCAAUUAACGUUGAAGCAGAAGUCUUUAUCCCUGGCCAACUCUCCUAUUUACCAAAACCGCGAGAUGACGAACCCUUUUCGCUUUCGGGUUCUGAAAUCCCCGAUGGCUGCUCUGACCAUCCUGUCGUGAUUCUCUCCACUGACCAGCGCGAAAGAAAGGCUGUUGUGCUCAUUCUCACCUCUUUCGGUGGCAAGAGUCUUAAUGAACACUCUUCCAUACCGCGUGUUCGUGCCUCUCACCUUCCAAUACACCCCUCUCCUGUCCACCCUGACAACGGCAUCCUACUUUUUCUUGACCAGGAUAUCGAACUUCGUAAAAUGAGCUAUGUCAACACCGAGUCCCCCCGUCAGAUCGAAUGGGCGCUGCUGCAGCGCCACUACCGAGAGCAAAGGACGGGUGAACGGUUCAGACUCAGGCCAGACUCAUUUGCAAAAUUGCUCGAGUACAUUGGUUCAGAGGCCCCGUUGGGACGCGGAACAUCAGUUGCGCCCCAAAGCCCCCUCCAUCCAUCCACCACCUAUUCGCCCGGGUGGGAUCUUCUAGAGUCCAUGAAAGCAAACAGCCUCGCCCAAUACGGCUCCAUCAACCGACCGACCGUGCCACCGCGCCGAAUUUCAGAGCCCGCGAGAUACUUGGUCCGAGCACCGACGGCGACCUCGACUCUGCAAGCCGUGGCUCGCUCGCGCGAGGGUGCAGCAGCGGAAGUGGACCGAUACCUUGCCCAAAGGCGUGAAGCGCGGAGGCAUGAGACCCGCGCGAUCUUACCUACGCACCGCCCCUCCCCCCGAUCGGACAGCUCUUACGAUCCGAUGUCGAUUUUGCGGAAACUUUUCGUAGCCGUAUUGGUAGCUGUCGGACUUUUUUUCGCCAUAGCCUGGUGGCGCAAAUGA